AUGUCUCUGAGGCUGUUUUCUGCAAAAAGCUCGCUUUCCAGAUGUUUCAAAUCUCUGCACAGCUGUUCAGCACGAGCGUUUGGGGCCGGAGCUGCUUGCCUCGGCUCGGUGAAUUUAAAAGGUCGCAGCUGUCUUACUCUGAAGGAUUUCAGCUCAGAUGAAAUCAAGAAGCUGCUGUGGGUCUCCGGAGACCUUAAGCAUCGGAUUAAGCAUGAAAAACAGUAUUUGCCUCUUCUACAAGGAAAGUCGAUUGCAAUGAUAUUUGAGAAGAGGAGCACCAGAACAAGAAUGUCCACAGAAACAGGUUUUACUUUGCUGGGUGGACAUCCCUGUUUCCUUACCUCACAGGACAUCCACCUGGGAGUGAAUGAGAGCUGCACAGAUACAGCCAGGGUUCUCUCUGGACUCUGUGAUGUUGUUUUGGCUCGUGUGAACAGCCACUCGACGCUGGAGGAGCUAGAUAGGGAGGCUUCAAUCCCCAUCAUUAACGGACUGUCAGAUCUGUAUCACCCAAUCCAGAUUCUGGCUGACUUCCUGACCUUACAGGAGCAUUACGGAUCCCUUAAUGGCCUAACGGUGAGCUGGAUUGGAGAUGGCAACAAUGUCCUCCACUCCUUCAUGAUGACCGCAGCCAAACUCGGAGUUCAUCUUAAGGCUGCUACACCGAAGGGGUACGAGCCAGACAAGAGCGUUACUGAAGAGGCACACAGGCUCGCCAAACAGCAUGGUACCCAGUUCAUUCUGACCUCUGACCCCAUGGAGGCUGCCCGUGACAGCAAUGUCUUGGUCACUGACACCUGGGUCAGCAUGGGACAGGAAGAGGAGAAGAAAAAGAGGCUCAAAGACUUCCAUGGAUACCAGAUUUCUAUGCAGACAGGAAGUGUGGCCAAGUCAGACUGGACCUUCCUGCACUGUCUCCCUCGGAAAAUGGAGGAGGUAGAUGAUCAGGUGUUCUACUCAUCCCGCUCUCUUGUCUUUUCGGAGGCAGAGAAUAGAAAAUGGACCAUCAUGGGCCUCAUUGUUUCUCUUCUGACCGACUACACGCCACGGAUCCCCAUGCUGAAGUUUUAACAUCAGUUAUUAAGAGGGACUAAGCUUUUCUGUGGCAUGGGAUGACUUCAAAGAAGACUGUGGCAAUGCUGGCAUAUUUUUACUUUUUGAUAGAGCUGCCAUGUGGGAGUGUGGGGCUGUGGUAUGCUUCUGUUUAUGUGUAGUAGGUCUGUGUGUGAAAGUGCAUUGCAAGGUUAGAGAACCCAGGACUCUCUUAUUGCUCACAGUUCUUACUUCACUCUUGUGUGAUGUGUCACCACAGCUGCCAUAAAACUUCAGUGAAGAUUAAGAACUAGAGGUUAAUCCAUAAACAAAAUACUUCCAACAACUGUUCACUGAUUUUGUAAAUGUUUAGUACAUAUCUGGAAUUUGCAAUACACCAAUGAUACAGAGAUAUUGUUUAAUAAAAUGUAUUUUGUGACCAAGGGCCUCACCUGAAACCA